AUGGGACUGUGCAAUGAAACCACUUGGAGGGACUUUGUCUUCUUGGGCUUCUCCAGCUUUGGGAAACUGCAGUUCCUUCUCUUUGUCAUUUUCUUCUUCCUCUACCUCAUCACCCUGAUCAGCAAUGUCUUCAUCAUUGUCAUUAUCUGGCUGGACAGUCACCUUCACACCCCCAUGUACCUUUUCCUCUCUGUCCUCUCCUUCUCUGAAACCUGUUACACUCUGGGGAUCAUCCCCAAGAUGCUUUCAAAUCUGGCAGUUGGGAGCCAGGCCAUUUCCUACAUGGGUUGUGCUAUCCAGAUGGACUUCUCUGCCUCCUGGGCCUGCACUAAUUGCUUCCUCCUGGCAGUGAUGGGCUUUGACAGGUAUGUGGCCAUCUGUGCCCCGCUCCACUAUGCUAGCCGUAUGCACCCCACUCUCUGCACCCAACUAGUUGGCACGUCUUUCCUUAGUGGUUAUCUCAUAGGGAUGGGGAUGACACUGGUUAUCUUCCGCCUCCCAUUCUGUGGCUCCCAUGAAAUACACCACUUCUUCUGUGACACCCCCCCAGUGCUGAGCCUGGCCUGUGGAGACACUGGCAUGAGUGAGCUGGGGAUCCUUAUCCUCAGCCUUCUGGUCCUCCUGGUCUCUUUUGUACUCAUAACCAUCUCCUAUGCCAACAUCUUAGUGACCAUUCUGAGAAUACCCUCAGCAAAGGGGAAACAAAAGGCCUUCUCCACCUGUGCAUCCCACCUCACUGUGGUUAUUGUGCAUUAUGGCUGUGCUUCUUUCAUGUACCUUCGGCCCAAGGCUAGCUAUUCCCUGGAGCAUGAUCAACUCAUUGCAGUCACCUAUACUGUAGUGACCCCACUCCUCAACCCCAUUGUUUAUAGCCUGAGGAACCGGGCUGUGCAGGCUGCCUUUAAGAAUGCCCUCCAGGGGAAACUUCUGGGGAAAAGAUGA